AUGAGGCUGGUGUCGGGUCUGGGCAGAGCCCUGCGGGCCCGGCGGGGCCUGCCCAAGCAGCAGGCCCCGCGGGCCGGGGCCAAGCGCAGGCCGCAGGAGCCCAGCAAGGCCCAGGAGUUCGCCCGCAGCCUGGGCGGCCUCACGCUGGGCCUGCUGCUGGCCAGCAUUUACGGGGCCCUGGUGCUGCUGGUGCAGGGCCACAAUGUCUGGUACUGCCUGAGCGUCACCGUCUUCAUGGGCGCGGGGAUGGGCCUGGGCAUGGCCUUCUCCAUGAAGACGCGGAUGAUCGUGCUGCUGGCACUGCCGCACUUCUUCACCAAGGAGGGGAAGAUGAUGGUCAUGGUGCUGGCGCUGUGCCUGACCAUGCAAGGCCCUGGCACCAAUCUCAUGCACAACGUCUCCCAGCUCGCCAAGGCGCUGUCGUGUGGGGCUGAGCUGGCCCAAAACCAGACGGCCGAGCGGCUGCAACGUGCCAAGGAGCCACUGCUGAACUUGCAGAGGAAAAUCAAGGAGAUUGGCCAGAAUGCCAAGGUGCUGGGUGACCGCGUCCGUAAAUUCAUCCGCUCCAUCACAGACUCUACCAGACACGUUGCCCGGGCCCUGCGCAACGUUUGGAUGUGGCUGGCGAGGGCUGGGAACAUCUGCAACCGCGAGCUGGGGGAUCCCAAGACCAGCUGCUAUCGCUACAUAGACAAGGCCAGGGACAAGUGUGAGCGUGCCCUGCCCCUCCUCUUCCACAUCUGCUACGUUAUCAUCACCUUCAAGGCCCUCUGUGGCACGAUCAGCACACUUUCAUUCAUGUUCUGCACCAUCCCAAAGUACAUCCAGAAGUUCAUCCGGGCCAACGUUGCAAACCCCCUCACAGACGCCCUGAACCGCGUCCGUGCCGAGUUUGAGUUCAACAUCACAGUCAUGCACCACUUCAGCGUCAACCUCAACGCCAGCAAGAGCCUGGGGGAGGUGUCUGCCGAUAUCAUGGAGGCCGUGCAGCACCACAUGGAGCCCUACCACCGCUUCCUGGAGCUCUUCUCCUACAUCUCCUUCUUGGCCGUCCUCUUCUUGUGGUACCGCGCGGUUAAGUACCGGCGCCGCUACCUGCGGGACGACACCUUUGACAACGUUUACAUCACGCGGCGCUUUGUGGAGAUGGACCUGCGGUGUGCAGAGCAGGGCAAACCCACCGUGCUGCCCCUGUCGGGGCGGGAGAGGGGCCGCUACAUCCCCCCAGGUGCGCUGUGGCUGUCGAAGGCUGAGCGAAGCCAGUAUGGGAUUCAGCUCUUUGGGUUCCUGCGCCACACCCUGCUGGGGCUCAGCAUCAUCCUGGCUGACUACAGCAUCUUCUGGCUCCUUGACCUGUUCCGGCACCAGCUGAGCGCGGAGAUCAUUGCCAGGGCGCCGUCGACCAUGACCAUCAGCGUCAACGGGACGGGCUACACCAGUGAGAUCUACAAGGACCUGGUCUCUGCCUUCAACACGCUGCAGGAGGGCGAGGUCUCGGUGCUGUCCCAGGUCUGCCUCAUCCAGCCCGAGGAGCCCGACCACGCCACCUACAUCACCAUAGGAAUCCUGUACGGUAUCUGGCUCUUCAUCGCUGUCUUUGGUUCCUACAUGGCACGCCUGCGCCGGGCGGUGUGUGCCUGCUACUUCCCAUCCCGUGAGAUGGAGCGCCUGGCCUUCCUCCACAACAUCAUCCGGGCACGGCGGGAAUGGGCGGUGUUUGCCCUGAGCCGAGGGGGCACGCAGCGCUUGGCCGACACCGGGAAGAGCAGGCUCUUCCUUAUCCUCAUCUCCAGGUUCCCUCUCCUUGCUCGCCUCGCUCGCCGCGCGGGCAUCCAGCGCAAACACUGCCUGACCUGUGGGAUGGCAGAGCGGCCAGAUUUCAUUGCCUGCAUCACACUCAACUGCAAAGGGCUGUAUUGCAGUGACUGCUACAAAACCCUGAACAACACCUGCUCCGUCUGCAUGGCCCCCCUGAGCUACCCGGACUCUGGGGACGAGGAGCUGGACUCGAGUGAGGAGGAGACAGCAGAGCAGGGCGCUGUGGAGGACGCAUCUCCAGUGGUGAGGAGACAGCGGAGCAGGGAGCGAGGGCAGCAGCUGCUGCAGCGCAUCAAGGACAUCAUCAGCAGCUGGACGUCUCCCUCCAGAACAUCCAGGAGGCUGCAGGAGCAGCUGGAGGAGGAGGAGGAGGAGAGCAAGGGGCUGCUCUCCAGACCCGACUUUGACUCCGAGGAUGAAGCUGCCAGCAGUGACAGGGAGCUGCGGGAGGUGGUGGUGGUAAAAACACCCGAGCGUGUUCCCUCUCCAUCGGAGCAUCCCCCGGGCAUCGAUUCUGGAGCAGAAUCCCGUGCUCAGAAACCUCCCAACACGACCCUGAAGCGAGUGGUGCUCUCGGUCCUGCCCGGCCCGUGCAGCCGCUUCCUCUGGAGCCGGCCCGACCAGUACCGCUGCAGGAAAGCCUUCCUGGGAGCCGGCUUCGGGAUGUUCCUCGGCCUCGAUUAUGAGACAAACCUUAUGAGAUAA